AGAAUUUAUAGCAAGACAUGAGAGCACCUAGACUGUUAUAAGCUCCCUCGGAUAUAAUUGGUGGACGAUGUUGACCAUCUACACUGGUCGGAUGUAUUAAAAAAUAGUCCACCCAUUGAAACCUCAAACCAAUAUCCUAGAAACAGAUCAUCAGAGGCAACCUUUCCUUUAUAAAACCUCCAUGAACAGAAUGGUAGAUACUAAACGAGAGAGGGAGAGAGAGAGAGAGAGAGAGAGAGAGAGAGAGAUCAUGGGUAGUGAAGCUGAUGAACUGCACAUUGCCUUCCUUCCAUUCACGGCACUAGGCCACCUGAUUCCCAUGGUAGACAUGGCCAGAGGAUUGGCAGCUCGUGGAGUUAAGGUUACUAUAAUCACCACCCCACUCAACGCUCUUCUCUUCCAGAAUUCCAUCGACCGUGACAUCACUUCCGGCCACCCAAUCCAACUUCUCACACUUCCACUCCCUCCCAUGGACUCCCCCCUCCCCGAUGGCUGUGAAAAUAUAAGCACCACCUCUGCCCCAUUCCCAGAAACCUUCAACAAACUCUUCCAAGCCUUGUCACUGCUUCAACAACCCCUUGCUCAGCUCUUUCAACACCUUAGAUUUCGUCCUCAUUGCAUAGUCUCAGAUCCACUCCUUCCUUGGACCACUGACUUCGCCAAUCAACUCGGAAUACCAAGAAUCAUCUUCCACGCCACCAACUUCUUCUAUCACUGCGUCUCAGAGAGCUUGGUUCGUUACCAAGACAAAAUCCCGCCUGAUGGAGGAGCUUUCCGAGUUCCAGGCCUCCCAAACCACAUAAGUUUCUCAAGGUCUCAACUCCCAGACCCCAUCAAAGUCCAAGCCGAGUUCGGAGAGAUCUUCAACAGCGUCAGAGAAGCUGAAUUAAGGAGCCACGGAGCCGUAAUGAACAGUUUCUACGAGUUGGAACCGGCUUACAUCAAUCACUAUCGGAAUACUUUAGGAAGAAAAGCAUGGCACAUAGGCCCUGUGUCUCUCUUCAACACAGAGAAACUCGACAGAGAAGCUAGCAACAGUAAGGCCUCUAUUGACCAACUCAAGUGUUUGAGCUGGCUCGAGUCUAAAGAACCCAACUCGGUUCUUUAUGUUUGCUUUGGGAGUAUAACCCGAUUCACUGCUACUCAGUUACUGGAGAUUGCAUCUGCUCUGGAAGCAUUAAGCCACCCCUUCAUUUGGGUUGUCCCGAGAGUGGCAAAACCAAGGGGAGAGAUGGAUGGUGAGUUCUGGUUGCCCGAAGGACUCGAGGAGAGAGUUACGAAAGGACCGCAGAAAGGCUUCAUCAUACAGGGGUGGGUUCCCCAGGUCUUGAUCCUUGAACAUCAAGCUGUCGGUGGAUUCAUGACUCACUGUGGAUGGAACUCGGUUCUUGAGAGUGUGAGCUCGGGUGUCCCGAUGAUCACUUGGCCACUCUUUGCAGAGCAAUUCUAUAACGAGAAGCUUGUAAUAGAGGUGCUUAAGGUUGGCGUUAGCGUCGGUGUUGAGGCUUGGAAUUCGUAUAUGACUGAUAAGGCUAUCGUGGUGGGGAGAGAAGAUAUAAAACAGGCGGUGAGUCGAGUCAUGGGUGGUGGAGAUGAAGCCCGGAGGAUGAGAAGAUGCGCGCAGGAGCUUGGAGAGAUGGCCAAAAGAGCUGUUCAAGAGGGUGGGUCCUCUUAUGCCGACAUGACUGCUCUGAUUGAGGAGCUCAUGACAUUCUGUAAGAAGUAAGCAUUUUUGUUGAUGCUUACUUGUAUGUUUAUACGUUAAAUCUUGUUUCCAAUA